AAAGAAGAAGACGACGCCUACUCUAUUUGUUUCGCUUUUCUUUCUCUUCUCGCGAUUUUCUUAAUAUUUUUCUCAAUGCCGAUUUGCAGGCGGGCACGGAGAGAAAUCCCCCAUUUCGUGGCCGCGCCGCCUCCCAAUUCCUGAGCGCGUUUUGUAGAAUUUUUUAGUUCUCUUCGAGUAAACGAACGAGUAAAAAUUUGGGUUGAGUGGUAACGCCGCCACCGCCGCAAUGUUUUACGCCGCACGCGUUCAAGAGAGGGGGGUGUCUGUAGUCGCAUGAUUCAUAUGUAGACGAUGCUGUGUUGACCUGUGCCUCAGGUGGUGGCGACUUCUCUGCUUUACCGACAACAACGAUCAAAUGGACUGGUAUCGGAUCUAGAAGCGACACUUCUUCCAUCAUGAGGCCGAUCAUAGACCUCGACGAAUGUAUCCGGGACUCUCCGAAAUUUCGGGAGGCACUAGAAGAAAAUGAAGAGAGCAUCGAUCAACUAGAAAUUAAGCUUGAGAAAUUGGUAAAGCUGUGCACCAACAUGGUUGAAACGGGCAAAAGCCAUGUCACAGCGAAGAGCGCUUUCAUCAACGGCAUCUGGGAUUUGGUCGGUUAUUUCAAGGACGAUGCAUCCAUUGUGAAUUCUCUAAAUAGGUUUAUACAGAUUCUCACAGACGUGUUGAAAUAUCAGUCGAUACUCCUCGAACAUGCGCAGAAGUCUAUUGUAAAGAAUCUGAGCAAUUUCAUCAAGAUGGACAUCCGCCAGAGCAAGGAGACGCGGCGGCACUUUGAGAAGAUCAGUGACGACCUGGACAACGCGCUGUUCCGCAACUCACAGGUGCAACGCACCAAGGCUUCGGAAUGUGAGGACGCCCACAACGUGCUGAUUGCCACUCGGUCCUGCUUUCAGCACCUGACACUCGAUUAUGUUCAUCAACUCAGUUGCCUGCAGUCAAAGAAGAGGCAUGAGGUCUUACAAACUCUGUUGUCUCUCAUGGGCGCCUACAGUACUUACUUCCACCAGGGCUCGGACCUGUUUGAGGAUUCAGAGCCGUUUCUAAAGCAGUUGGGAACCACCCUUGACAAGCUCAGCAAAGAGUCUACUGACCUGUCAAAGCAGCUUGAUUCAAGGCACACGCUUGUGACCUCAAAGGAUGUGGUUCCAGUGGUCCACAAGGACCCUUCGGCCAACAAUGGCAUCAGUCUGGAGGGAUACCUGUUCAAGCGCACUUCGAAUGCUUUCAAGACCUGGAACAGGCGGUGGUUCAUCAUCCAGAAUGGCCAGCUAGUGUACCGCAAGCGCUCCAAGGAUGAGCAGCGCACCGUCAUGGAGGAGGACUUGCGGCUGUGCACCGUGAAACCCGCACUGGAUUUUGAGCGACGGUUCUGCUUUGAGGUCCUCUCGCCUUCAAAGACUCACAUGCUACAAGCCGAUUCUCAAGAGUCGUACGACUGCUGGAUCACUGCAUUGCAGUCGGGAAUCUCACACGCUUUAAACCAGCCAGCACGAGAUGAGGAGGAUGAGAAGCAUUCAAUGAGCGAAUGGAAAGCAUCGUCAGAUUCUUCGUUGUCAUCAAUGUCGAGGCAGAGUGCAAACCCAGUACCGAAACCUCCAAGGGCCCACAUCCAACUCACCAGCAUCCCCGGGAACGAACUGUGCUGUGAUUGCCGAUCACCCGGCCCCUGCUGGGCCAGCAUCAACCUGGGAAUCACUCUGUGCAUCGAAUGCUCUGGCAUACACAGGAGCCUGGGCGUGCACGUGUCCAAAGUGCGCUCCCUGACACUCGACACUUGGGAGCCGGAAAUACUCAAGGUGAUGGCUGAGCUGGGCAACACUGUCAUCAACAGCGUCUACGAGGCUCGUGUGGACGAGAAUGUGGCCGUCAGGGCCACACCAGACUGCAGCAGGAGUGUUCGGGAAGCCUGGAUUAAGGCGAAGUAUCUGCAGAAGGCAUUUGUCAAGCCGCUUCUUGGCUCAGUGGCGUGCCUGUCCCCUUCACGUGAUGCGUUAGGCGCAUCGCCAGCAGCAACACCGGUACUGCGGAAAGCCACGCUGCCUCAGCGUUGGAGUGUUCGCAAAAUGCACCGCCGCAGGAGGACAAUUCACACCCAGGACCAGCGUCAUGCGGAUACAGGUGACACUGCUCUUGGAGUCGCCCGGCGCCACAGCAGUGCCGUCACAUUGCCGGCCGACAAGUCUCCCGUCAGCAUCGACGCCCUGUCUGUGAGCUCUGUGGGCUCGGAGACCCGCUUCAGCAUGGCCUCGCAGGAGAGCGGCGUCGUCAUGAAGGAAGGCACCUCUCUGCCCCCUUCAGACAAUGAAGGAAGGGCUGUGGUCGAGGGUUCCUCCAACCAGUUAAUGGACGAUGUGCUCGUCUUUGGGGAGUCACUGGUCCCGGUCAUGCCGCCGCCUUCAGAGCUGGAGCUGGACAGCGCGGAUGAGUCACCGACACAGGACGAAGAAGACACAACCCAGGAAGAAGACAUGUCCAACCUAAGCCCCAGCUUGCUCUUGUACAGGGCAGCAGCUGCCCACAACUUGCCAGUGAUGUGUCUUGCCCUGGCAAAUGGAGCUGACCCAAACUGGUCCAAUCCAGAUGAAGGAGGGCGAUACCCUCUCCACCAGGCCAUACAGAGUGGCUCUAUCAUGGCCUGCGAGUUCCUGCUUCUGAAUGGUGCCAAAUCAAACAAUGCCGACGACAAUGGGCGCACAUCUCUCCACAUCUCUACACUGCUGGGGAACACAGGACAAGUGUGCCUUCUACUGAAGCACGGAGCCGACCAACACUCCGAGGAUAAGGAUGGCGCAACAGCACUCAAGAUAGCUGUCGACAAUGCCAACCCCGAUAUCGUCACCAUGCUCAGGCUCGCCAAGCUCAACGAGGAGAUACGCCGGGAUGAGUUUGGCAACCCAGGUGACGACACCUUCAUCGACGUUGUCCGUGACUUUUCACACAUGGCGUCCAACAAUCCGGAGAAGCUACGUCGCCAGCCAAGCAAGCACAUGGAGUGAGAAAACGCCCCCAUGUUUGUUGUUGUUUUAGUGCAACUUUUUUUUAAUUAUUAUUGUUGUUUACAAAAGAAAAAGGGAAAUACCGAUAUUUACAGUCUGUUAAGUAUUGCAGCCCUCCAUCGAAGCAUUUGUCAAACUGCUCAAAAGAUGCAAAGCCUAGCUGACACGGGUUACUAGUAUGUAUGUAUGUGUAUUUCUUUUCUUUUUUCAAACACUGCGACGCUUGUCAGUAACGGUGAAAACUAUGAGGCCAUGUUCUGCGAGGCAGAACUUGAAAUGCUCUAGCACAUUGCAACUUAAGCUGCUAUAUCGCAAUUUAUUUCGUUAAAUCUUUCAUUCUUAUCACCCACUGUCUGAAACUGGCCAGUAUUGUUUGAACACUGCCCAAGUUGGUAUCAAAGGGUGAAACAGGAAUGAAAUUGUAACGCUAGUGAUUUACUUUAGCCCAGUGUUGCUGCUUUUGUUGGCAGUGUUUUCAUUGUUUUGUGUGUGUGUGUUUUUUAAAUAAGAGUUGCCGUAAUAGCGCCACCUUCGAAGUGGUGCACAGAUGCGCUGGCUACGACGACCGAUUUGCAAAAUAAUCUAUGUAUACAACAGAGCUGUUGGCCCCAGGCUAUGUUCCCAUGUUAUUUCAAACACUGCAGUCAUGUUGAUUGAGCAGUGUACAAGUGCAUGCGUUUGUUGAGCAUGCUACCGUUGAGCACUGACACCGCGUACUUUGGUUAGUUGAGAGGCUGCGGUGCAUGGCACGUUUUCACACUCGGCUAGUGAAUGAUGUGUUAUGUGUAUUUGCUCGCUUGUUCAGCGACAAUAAUGGGCACAAAAUGCUUUACUGCCACCACACACGCAGCCUGUGUAAUGGUUCGUGUUUGAUAACAUUUGCGUUUGUUUUACUUUGUCCGCAGUGUUUUAUUUGUAAAGCCAAACCACGACCUGUUUGAACAGUGGGCGCGGUGUGCACAUGCAAUGUAUUGCGCGCAUCGUUGGGAGUCGUGUUUGCGAGCUUUGUUUCCUUGCCUGUGCUUAUGCAACUGCUUUUAUACAUGAAUGUGUCUCCAGUCUUCUUUAUUUGUCUCAGUGCAUCAGGCCUGGACUGCAUCACCCGACUUUUUAAAUUAUUGUUAUUAUUAACACGAUAGUCGAGAAGAUCACUGUUGCAAGUCUUUCAGAGGCAUGUUCCUAGGGUGUGCAUUUACACCGCACAAGAGAAAAUGUUAUUUAGAAAAUGAACAGACCCGUUUGUUCUAUAACAGUGAUCAAGUAACACUGUAACACUUACAUUGUUUGCACAAGGUGUGUCACCCUUAUAACUACAGUCACUUAAUUGCUCAGCUGAUUAAUGCCACAGGAUUUGAAGGUUUGGUUGGUGUGUGCGCCUGAGGACUCAAUAUUUUGAGAUUGUGGACAGAAGAGAUGUUUUGUAUUCAGCCGAGGCAUUGUGUUUGCGGAGUUCAUUUGAUGUUGAGAGUUUCGGCUUAGAAAUAGGUGUUGGAGGUCUGAAGAGACGUUCUAGUAUUCACGAGAGUCGAUGAAUUGCGUUUGUAGGAAAUGCAGUUUGCGUCGCAAGCUUUAGCUUUAGAAAUAGGUGCCACUGCGAGCACUUUUUUCUUUGUAUAAAAAAAGACUUUGUAUUCAUAUGGUUGCCGAUUGUUUUCUUGCCUGUUUGUAGAUCGUUGUUCCAUGUAGAUAUUUAACGGUUUGUGAUUACUGUGGAAUCAAUCGCGCUCCUAAUUAAUGCUUUAUACAGCCAUCAUCGAGGCAUAGCCGUUUGUACACAUUUGCAUAAAGGCGUAUAGUACUUUGUGAAAGUAAUUGUGAAGAUUGUGCCGUUCUUUAAGAAUGCAUCACCAAUUUCUUUUCUGAUGGAGGUGCCACGUGUAAUGGGAGCUCAUAAGCUCGAUGUCGGAUGUGUCAGUCUUAAAGGAUCCUUCUAACCUCUUUCACUUGCAAUAUUCUUUUCAGAACCAUUUAAACUUUGUUUUGUGACGCAUCAUUUUUACAGGCAAUGUCCCUUAAAAAUGUGCAGUUUGUAUCUCACAUAGUUAUUUAAACCUUACGUUGAUUCAAAACAUAAGUUUUGUUUGGCAUGUGCCAUCACCUGUGGCUUAGACAAGCAGAACAAAUCAAAGAGUCAAAAGGGUCAUCAUUAUAACAUCAUGUUCAAUGUCUGCCGUGGUCACCUCCCAUGACAAUGUCUUGUCAUUUACAGUUCAUUUGGUUUCUUUGUUUCAAGUGAGCGAUUCCCUUAUUAAGGUAACUGCAUGUUGUUCUCUCGUUUAGAAUGUGCUUCCUCAGUUAGAGACAUUCCCAAACAAUUGAUGCAGCAUCGAUAGAGCUGUCACGAACUUGCAUAAUCGGACCGUGGCUUAUGUGAAGAGCUGUAGCAGCAGUCCACCACAAAUCUGUAAAUGAGCGUGCCGGCUGUUUGUCCUUUAGUUUCAUUUUAAGCAAGUCCAGAUGCUGCUACAUUAACUAGAGUAGACUCUCGAUAAUAAUUGAACCAUUCAGUUAGGUUAAAAAAAUUUAUUUUAAAAGAGCGUUUAAUUUAUAGAAGUUCAAAAAAACAUUUCGGCCAAUUCAUAUUCAGUCUUUCUGGCCUUGAAGGACAGAGUAAGGCUGCCGUGGAAAAACACACAAGUCAAUAAAACACGCGCAUGUUUUAUAUUCAAGCUGCCAUGUAUACUGAUAGGCACCAAACAUAACUAAAUCCUGUUGCAAGUAUCUGGGUGUAUGCAGUUACUUGUUAAGCGAUAUUUCAGCUACAGUCUUGUACUAAUUCAAGCGACACUGCACGAGCUCUAGGAGAUUAAAGUCAACGAGAGUCUACUGUACCAGUCUGUCCGAGAGAGAAUUUAGGGAUGUGUGCCGGCAGCCACAGUCUGAGGUGAUUUAGCAUUAAAAAAAAAAAAAAAAAGACUAUCCAGGAUCUCAAGGGCUCCGUGUGACCGAGCACAGCCAAAGAGUUUGUCCCCAGUGGCAAAGACGUCGCUGUGAUAACAUUUUUUUUUUUUUCAAAUGUGGGAACAAAUGUUUCUUUUAAUGUCACAAGUUUAUAUGAAUAGUACAUGGAGACGGCAUAGGAAGCACCAUGUGCGUGAAAAAUGUCAUUAGUGUUACUGUGAAAGUGUUGGGAAAAAGAAUGUGUGAGGGAGCCGAAGUACAAUAAAGGCAUUUUA